CAUUGACUGUGAAUUCAUACCUUCCGCGUACGUUUUCAAUAGCAUUCGCUCUCUUUAGUAGUCUCCACCGGAACUCCUUGCUAGUAGUAGCUGCGACUGCGACUACUAAUACUACUCAUACAUUUACUUGCAAUUACAGCUAGCUGCUAUCCAUUCCGGUAUCCAUUUCUUUUAUCUAUCCAUUGAUCCAUCCGGCUAGCAUGCGGAUCCUCUCAACUUCCAUCGCGACCGCCGUAUGGGUGCUUCUGUCCAGCCAAGAAUCCUUCGGGUUCUCCGUACGUCCCACAAUUUCCCACCGGAUGACAACCGCAUCGAUCGGCAGUGGCACUCACGGUAGUACGCGUCUGUGGGCGUCGUCUCCGGGAAACAACGACGACGAUUCGCGUCGCGACUUUCUGACGCGAUCGCUCGCGACGGCCGCCUUGGCGAGCGGCGGAUGGUUUACCGGUACGGGCGUCGGCUACGUGGCUGAUCCUCCCGCCGCCGCAUGGGCCUUGACGGGCGUCAAAAAGGUCAACGCCAAAUUGGCCGGUUACGGCUUGCCCCUCGUGAGCAACGUUCCCGACGGACUCACGCCGCUGCUGGAAAUCUACGGCAAGGGUGUGAAUCGGUUCCCAGUCCUCGUGCAGUUCAAUUAUCCCGUUACCUGGGUCGUUACCACGCCCAGUAAUAAUGUGAAUGGUGAAGACGGCACGGUCCAGGCUGGGGAAUACAAUAAGGGCGACACAGCCACAUUCUUUUUGUACUCGGAACCCGGCAACAUCAAGGACGUUACAACGCAGUCCAAGGAGUUCUUCGAAAAGGCCCUCAUGCGGUCCAUUGGACAAAAGGGCGACAACAUGUACCAAAAUUUCAAAGUUACCAAGCUGGAACCCACCGUCAAGGACGGAAAGCCCUACAUGAUCGCCGAUUUCAAGUACCAACUUCUGACCGGCGCCGGCUUUGAAGUCGAUCGUAAGGGUGUGGCUAGUAUUACCAGUCAAGGGGAUGCUGUCGAAGUCUUGUGGGCCGCCUCCACCGCCAUUCGGUACAAGAAAACCGAAGAAACACUGCGGAACAUUGUCGCGAGCUUUCGUUGUUACGCGGACGGGCUCAACUUUUCGGAUGAACUCGUUGGUAGCGCCGCCUCUCGGGGAUUGGACGGAUAGUAAUCCUCAUACGUUGCGCAUUUAAAGAGAAGAUCAACUAUCAAGGUGCGCACCACAAACGUGUUUUUGUGAUGUUGAUCAAAGAAACGUUGCUGCGGAAAGACAAGAGAGCAAGUCGAACAGACCAAGGAGACUACAGCGAGUAUGUAGAGUAACAACGGCCGUGAUGCUAGUGGUAGUAAUGCUAAUUCCAAAAUUAACGAGCG